AUGUCUGUCCAUUUCAUCUUCAAGACAAUGCACAACAUAGACAGUUGCCCAAACUGCAUUGGGGGGGCAAGGCCCUACUCCUCAGUCAUAAGAGAGGAGAUGGAGUCCCAAGAGCAGGGUAACUGCAUCUUAAAAGACAGAAGACCCAGGUCUGGGGACAAAUCCAGUCAAUUUUCAAGGACUGAUUUGGUAGUUGAAACUAAGGACUCAAGUGAUGACAGCUCUAGCUGUACAAAGUCUCACAGUGUUGAACCCAAAACAAGGGCGCCUCGUGAAAAUUGUGUUUCCCAAAGGCAGACACCUGGUACCAGUUCUUUGGCAAAGACCCUCAGUGAGCCCAAAAUUCACCCUAAUAAACACCUGAAUUCUGAAACCAGGCUUGCCAAGAGUCCCAAAGGUUUUCCCCAACCAUCAAAGUAUCUUACUACGCUAACUGAAAUUUUCAAGCCGGAGAGGCUAACAAAAUUGGAGAAUAAGGUCAUAAGAAGGACAACUGAGGCACUGGAGAAGCUGAGCCAGAAUAUAGAGGAGGCGCGGCUCCAGGAGGAGCACCUGCUGCACGACCACAGGCUGCUACAGCAGGAGCUUCUCUAUCUGGAGACUGAGAAUAGCCGCUUCCUGAGAUUCCUAAGGAAACAAAAUGACCUGUGUAAAAAGAAGCACGAGGCCCUGUGGGAUGAGUAUUUCCAGAAGUGCGAGAAGAUACGUCACAGGAAACGAGAACUGGCAUCGAGGCUCGCCCAGCAGAAGGCAGACCUUCAAGCCCAGCUCUUUCAGGGGAUGAUCAGGCAGUACCAGCUGAGGCAGCAGGUCCAGUCGAUGGAGCACAUCUCUGUGGUGAGGAAAAAGCAGGAGACGAGGAUGCAGACAUUACAGCAGGAGCUGGAGACCAUUAAAGCUGAGACAGCCAAGAAGGACUACCAGGCACACGUGCAGUUCCUGCAAGGGAAGACACAGCUAGUCAGACAGCUGCAGGAGCUAACCCUGCUGCAGGCGGCGGGAGACUCUAGCACCAGGGAGGUUAAGUACAAGGUCCAGGCCUUGGAGUCCACAGCCAAGAAGGUGAAUUCAGAAUUUUGUGAUAGUGUCAGCAGAGAGGACCAGGAGUUACAGGAGGAACUGGUGACGCUGGUCCAGGAAUACCACAAGUUAGAGUCUGCAAAGCGGCAGCUAGAGAAAAGGAAGGAGCAUCUGAGGGAGGAACGGUGGUACCAAGACGCCUUAGCCAGGGGGAGAGGACACCUUCUGGCAAACAGUGGGAGGAGUCAGGAUUGCAACCCUUGCCCCAAAGGAAAGCGUGUCCCAAGGCUACCCUGAACCAUCCUUCAUGCAUCAAACCCAGAAUAAAGCCAAUGUAAUUUAUUUAUUAGCCAGAGAAAUAAGAAUCAGAACUACUAGGCCCCUACACUGUCUUGCUCUACCAGGGAGGCUCUUGAAUGCCGGUGACA